ACACACACACACACACACACACAAAGUUUUCCUAUUUUACACUGGAGCAGUAGGUUCGAAAACUUGAUAUAGGUUACACGUCAUUUUCUUUAGGGUGUGUGUGAGUGAGUGGUGUCAUGUGAGAGAAGCAGGUGUGCAGCAGGCUGACAACAGUAUUGGAGCAAGUGAAUGUGAGGAGCCGUGGUGAAGAAACUCUAUCAUGGCCGUAGCCGCUGGCGCAUCAAUAUAUUAUUCUCAUCUGAAGCUGCUGUGCAUCUUGGAGGGUCCGGGAGCAAUUGUGCUCUCACACGCUCUGAAGUACGGCACAAAUAAGAGCACCUCUGUCACCUUCUCUGAAUACCUAACGAACCUCCCACACACUUCGACGGCCAACUACCAUGCGCUCAACGAUGAUCAAAGAAGGAGAGCGUUUACCGGUCCUGAGAAAAUUCAGAUUGCCAAUGACCCAUCAUGUCAGAGCUUCGGUAUAACACUGCUCCACAAGUGCAUAAGACUAGCCUGCGAAGGUGUGGCAGGGAUCAGUGAUGCACGUUGGCAAGAUGAUGGAGAGAUGGAAGGUUUGAUCACUCAGAUAAAGCAAGCGAAAACUUUACUUGUACACGAAAGCCCUCAGACCACAGAUGAACAACAGUUCCUGGACAAAGUUGAGGAGCUCAAGAGCCUCUUCAAUAGAGCUCUUCAAGCUAUCAAGGACAAGUAUGGGGUCUGUGACGAUGAGACCACAAACGUCAGAGACAACAUAAUAAGGCAGAUGCAAGAUAUAUUGCAGGCCGUUACUGAAAAGGUUAUCUGUAAAAUGACUUUGAACCAUUUCAAACAUCCCAGCAACAUACCUGCCUCGGAUACAGUUCUGCGCGCCAUAAACAGGAGUCACCUUGAGAAGUUCACUGGUCAUCUGAGUGGUGAUUGCCUGGCGCUGCUCCCGGAAUGCCUGAAGGAGUUGUGUCUGUCCGUAUCUAGUGACCAGGAUGCUGCCGCCCUCUUAGCAGCCCUUAACGAAGCCACCUCUUCUCUGCCUAAAUUGGGCUGUCUUCGCAUACACAUCCCCAUCACGAUGGAAACAAAAGCGUCCAUUUUUUCACCACUGCCGGACAUCGCACUUGUGUUCUUGGUCUUGACUGGCAUAGAUAAAAGCCUGAUGAAGGAAGCGUGUCAAGUGGCGUCGGCUCUUCAACCUAUGAAAAAAGGGUAUUUUGCCAUUUCGUUUCCCUGGUGCAGUUUGGAUGCAGCUGAUUGGCGGGAUAUGUUUGGCCACCUGGCGGCAGCAGAUGUCAGGGUGGGGUGGGGAGAUAUUUGGAUACCAAGCGGAAUCUACACGUUUGAGGAGAAAACGGAACAGAGCCAUCUUGCUAAAACUUUGUGGCAAUGUAGGGUUUGGAGGGUCCCUGACGAGUGGUGUUUUCUGCCAUAUUCCAGUCCAUGUAAUUCUGAUGAUGAUGAUGAUGAUGAUGAUGAUGAUGACGAUGAUGGUGAUGAAGAAAACGAUGAUGACGAUGAGUAAGAAAAUGAUGAUGACGCUGAUGAAUAUGAAGACGAUGAGGAUGUUGAUGGAUAAGAUGAUGAAGACAAGGAGUAGGUGGAGGAGGAGGACUAGAAAAGAUCCUGUUAUUAAUAAUAAGGUUUCGUUGUAUGAAUGAUACAUUAUUAUAAAAUUGGUAGCUCUGGAUUAUUAACUAUUGAUAACAAAUAAUUUAUUAUUAUUAUUAUUAUUAUUAUUAUUAUUAUUAUUAUUAUUAUUAUUAUUAUUAUUUAUUAUUAUUAUUAAUUAAUUAGUUUAUUUAUUUAUGAUUUUUAUCAUUAUUAUAUUAUUACUGUUAUCAAUACUACUACUACUACUACUACUACUACUACUACUAUUAUCAAUAUUAUUUCGUUAUUAUACUCGUAUUCCUCAUUCUUUUAAAGACUUGAUUUCUUUGCUCUGUUUUCUUCCUCUGAUUUAUUAUUUCUUGACUAUAAUUAGAAUCUUAAUUUUAAUACCAUUUUAAAAAUGUUACUUACGUUAAAACUAAUGUUAAACAAAAAACAAAAAAAAAAAAAAAAAAAAAUAAUAAUAAUAAUAAUAAUAAUAAUAAUAAUAAUAAUAAUAAUAAUAUUUAGGCAUCGAUUAGAACUUUUAAGAUUUCAAGUUAAAAAUAAUUUCAAGAUUUCAAAUAUUGUCAUGUUUGUUUGAUAAAACAACUCCCUUUAAUAUUACUUAAACAAAACAGAAAUCCUUAAUGAUAAACGUCAAUUUAAGAGAUUUAACGGGGGUUUGCUAAAGUAAAUCACGUAUUAGAUUGGAGGAUAACCUCAAUAAGAUUAUCUGUACGUAAAAAAAAAAAAAAAAUUGUUUGAUUAUGAUUACCAAAAAUUAUUUGCCUGUCGGUCCACAGGAAUAUUGUAUAUGUAAGGCCGCCCUCCUUGCCUUCUCAGUGUUAAAUGAUCCGCUGACGCGUUUAUCUAAUAACUCAUUUGGUUGAGGAGUACAAAAUUAAUGCCUCAACUGACUAGGUGGGAACAGACAUCAAUCACUCCAAAGGGAAAUUAUUAAAAAAAAAAAAAAAAAAAAGACCCCAGAAAUUAUUUUUGCCCUCCAACUAUUUAUUUAUUUUUUUCCAUAUUCCCUGAUUGAUUUCAAUACUGGGGUGAUAGAUCCUAAUGCUGUAUAACAAUGGAGAGAAGAGAUUGAGUUAAAUGUUACUGAGGCAACUCUCAAGCCAGACGGCCGAGAGGGACGCCGGGUUGGCGUGCCGGGACAGAGAUGUGCGGCCCUCCUCUCACCUCUCCUCCGUUUUGCAUGGAAUUGCCAAAAUUUAAAGUUGAGCC